AUCGUAUGUUUGUGGCCUUAGUGCUAUAGAGCCGCAAAAUUUUAAAACUUGGUUUUGUAACAUUAGCAACACGCUGAGGUAGAGACGACCUUUGCUUUUAAAUUGUUGGUUCAUUGGUCGAUUGGAUCAAUACAUUUAAUUGGAACGUUACAGUUUGUUGGAGGCCAAUUGAGUCGCGGAUCUGUACGCAUCUCAUAGGGGGGGGGUUGACCCUGAAGACAAUUCCAGCCAACUGAUCGAGUUGCACAUUACAGUUUAUUUAUCCCCUGGACUAAGCUUGUAACCUGUUUAUGUCGUGUUCACAGAUUGCCGUAGAGUGCACUAGAGAACGAUUUAGCCUCGUAUAUCCCCAUCCUAACGUUUUUUAUCAAUGCAGGUACAUAUGUUUUAGUCGAGGCAAUGCAUUUGCAAUAUAUCGAUGUAUUUUUGCUUCCUUGUUCGCAACUCUACUCAUCCUGGAUUAUGUAUGGAUAAUUCUACGUGAUCCGAAAUUUCCAGACUUUCUAUCCUGGUGUUUGGAUGCAUCUCAGUGGGCUUUAUUAGGCACAGCUGUAUGUUAUAUAAUAUUGGCAUGUAAUGCGGUGUGCAUAUCUAGACGAAAUGGGGAAUCAAACAACGAAACUACGAUUCCUUAUAAAUUUGUUUGGCUAUUAUAUACAUGCAGCGUGAAUUGCGUGUAUUCAACAAUGACACUGCAUUGGAUGUUUAGUGGUCAUCAAUCUUCCCUUGAACAAACAUUGAAACAUAGCAUACCUGGUUGUUUAAUAUUAAUGGAUUUAUUUUUAAACAGUAUCCCAUUAUAUAUAUGUCAUACAUUCUAUCCUGUAAUUGUACAUCUAAUCUAUUUGGCUGUUGCAACAUUAAGCCUAUAUUUAGCGUAUACAAUUGGUAAUCUGGAUAAAACUACACCGUUUCCUUCAAAUCCAACUGUAUUCAUUGGUGGACAUGCAUUGUUACCAAAUGGUUAUCAAGAUUUUUCAAAUAUACCACGUAUAUUUAUCGUUUUGUUAGGAGCUAUCUUUAUUGGUAUUAUGAUACAUUGUAUUCUAUUAACAUUAGUCAUCACUCGAGAUUUUCUUGCAAGUUUAUGUCAACAAAGUACUACUGUAUGGUAUGAUUCUAAUGAUGAUGUAACAUAUUUAAUGGAUAACAGUACAACUACACUAGAUCUGUUAAGUCGACAGUCAUCAUCAUCAACUGGUGUACACAAUUUAAAUGAAAAACUAAAAUGGUAUCAUCAAUUGGAAAUAGAAAUUUCAUGGAAAUUAACUGAAGUUUGUAUAUUAAUCAACAAGGUUUACACUGCUAUUCAAUGCUCCUUUAUUAUUGCUGCUACUUAUCUAUGUUAAUGAAUUGAUAAUUUUAACCUGAUUAAACCUAUCCAUAAUACAUAUCAUUCAUGGCAAGACUAUAAUUUAUGGACAAACCAAUCAGAUAUAAAAUAAAAUGUCUUAGAUUUUGGCACGAAAUUCAUUCAUCCAUUUGAUUAAAAAGCGUUCUUGGCACUUUAGCUGAUGUCAGUUCGUGAUAAAAAUCAUAAAUCUAAUUCCUAACCCUUAAUCAUCAACAGUAAAUCUUAAUUCUAGUUCCUCACCAUAAUUUAUAACACUCAUUUGGUCCUAGUUAGUAUAUGGACUUUCUCAAGAUCACUUUAGUGUCGCUCAAAGGUUGUCCAUAAAUUGUAUUCUCACCUGUAAAUCAAUUUAAUUAAAAUAUUUUAAUGAAUCUUCUUUUCAAGUACAUUUUAUCAUUUGUAUUAGGGUUUUUAUUUAUUUAUUUAUUUAUUGUAAAACAAUAAAACAGGAUCAAACCUCCAACAUGAAUUCAUUUUAUUAUCCUUUCGUUAUCUUUCUUAUAUUUUAUUAAUUUGUUUUUUUAAUUAAGAACUGUUUGAACAUUGAACCAGAUAUUUAUCAGUGUGAUAUUCCCUCAUAUAUCGGAUCCAUUCAUUCAUCUCUAGUUGAUAAGAUUUUCUGAUUACAAUGAAACAUAAACUGACACUGAUGUACAGUUAUUUGUUAGAAAAUAAUAUGAUAUGGUAAACAUGAUUGAUGAUAUUUUAUGUUGAUUUACUCUUUUCAGUGAACAAUGAUACGUGUAUCAAUGAAUGAUUUCCCCACAUUUGUAUAUAUAUGUCUGUUGAUUCGUGUAGUAUUCCUGUUUUACAGUUCUAGCUAUUACAUAUAUGACUAUUUAUGUUAUGAAUUGAAAUUGAAUCGAGUAUAGUUUAGUAUUGCAGUUGUAUAAAUUUAUGGAAUUCAUGAUUAUUGUAAUACAUAGUUCAUUACAGCCAUAAAUGAUAUGCAAAAUUU